UACCCAGAAUGCCCCGCGCGGUGCCCUCGCGCCCCCUUCCUGCCUCGGACAAAGCUCGAAUGCAGAGACCGCGAGGAAAGCGCAGGGCCCCGAGCUGUGUUAGGAGAGAGAAGAGCUGGGAACUGGGGACGCCUGAGGCCCCGGCAGCCUUUUCUGUCUUCACGAAAGCGAGGAGUCCGGAGUGCCCUAAAAGACAAGGUCAGGAAAAGAUGGAGGAGCUUCACCAGAUGGACUCACUGGGGCUACUUUGCUGCCUCUACAGGGAGCCUGGAGUCUCAGGGAUGGCCUUGGAGAGAGACAGACUCCCAGCCCAGGAGGCUGUGACAUUUAAGGAUGUGGCUGUGGACUUCACUCGGGAGGAGUGGCGCCUCUUGUCCCCUCCCCAGAAGGAGCUGUACAAGGAGGUGAUGCUGGAGAAUGCCCAGAACCUGCUAACUGUGGGGCUGCCAGCUCCCCCAGAAAAUGUGAUCUCUGCCUUGGAGCAGAGGGAAGCCCUGUGGAUGCUAGAGGAAGAAGACCUGAGGAGCUGCUGCCCAGGAGAGAUCAUACCUGAAAUUAAGGCUAAUCCAACAGAUAUGAGCCUUCCUUUGGAAGAAUUGGACGUACAAAGAUUCAUGAGGGAUGGUCCUGAUAACUUUGCUUUCAGAGAAUUCUGUGUUGCAUCUCAACAUUCAUCUCAUAUUGAACAUCAAAGAAUGCACAUCAAGGAAGCAUCUAUUGGAAAUAACGAGUGUGAAAAGACUUUUAUGCACAGGGACAUUCUUGCUAGACAUCAGAGAAUCCAUACUAAAGAGAGUCCUUAUGAUUGCAAGCAGUGUGGAAAGGCAUUCAGUUGCAGCUCCACUCUAGCUGUACAUCAGAGAAUCCACACUGGGGAGAAACCUUAUGAAUGCAAACAGUGUGGAAAGACUUUCAGACUGAGCUCAACUCUUGCUACUCAUGAGAGAAUCCACACUGGGGAGAAACCUUAUGAAUGCCAGCAGUGUGGAAAGACAUUCAGUCGGAGCUCUAGUCUUGCUGAACAUCAGAGAAUCCACACUGGGGAGAAACCUUAUGAAUGCCAGCAGUGUGGAAAGGCAUUCACUUGCAGCUCUGCUCUAACUGUACAUCAAAGAAUCCACACUGGGGAGAAACCUUAUGAAUGCAAACAGUGUGGAAAGACAUUCAGUUGUAACUCUGCUCUUGCUGUACAUCUGAGAAUCCACACUGGGGAGAAACCUUAUGAAUGCCAGCAGUGUGGGAAGGCAUUCAUUUGCAGCUCCGCUCUUGCUGUACAUCGGAGAAUCCACACUGGAGAGAACCCUUAUGAAUGCCAGCAGUGUGGGAAGGCAUUCAUUUGCAGCUCUACUCUUGCUGUACAUCAGAGAGUCCAUACUGGGGAGAAACCUUAUGAAUGCCAGCAGUGUGGAAAGGCAUUCACUUGCAGCUCCUCUCUCGCUGUACAUCAGAGAAUCCACACUGGAGAAAAACCUUACGAAUGCAAACACUGUGAAAAAACAUUUAGGUUUAGCUCAACUCUUGCUGUACACAAGAGAAUCCACACUGGGGAGAAACCUUAUGAAUGCCAGCAAUGUGGAAAGGCAUUCAGUCGGAGCUCCCACCUUGCUCUACAUCAGAGAAUACACACUGGGGAGAAACCUUAUGAAUGCAAGCAGUGUGGAAAGGCAUUCAGUUGCAGCUCUGCUCUUGCUGCACAUCAGAGAAUCCACACUGGGGAGAAACCUUAUGAAUGCCAGCAGUGUGGAAAGGCAUUUAGUUGCAACUCUGCUCUUGCUGUACAUCGGAGAAUCCACACUGGGGAGAAACCUUAUGAAUGCAAGCAAUGUGGAAAGGGAUUCAUUUGCAGCUCCGCUCUUGCUGUACAUCGGAGAAUCCACACUGGAGAGAACCCUUAUGAAUGCAAGCAGUGUGGAAAGGCAUUCAUUUGCAGCUCUACUCUUGCUGUACAUCAGAGAGUCCACACUGGGGAGAAACCUUAUGAAUGCCAGCAGUGUGGAAAGGCAUUUAGUCGGAGCUCCCAUCUGGCUGUACAUCAGAGAAUCCACACUGGGGAGAAACCUUAUGAAUGCCCACAGUGUAGAAAGGCAUUCAUUUGUAGUUCUGCUCUUGCUGAACAUCAGAGAACUCACACUGGGGAGAAACCCUAUGAAUGCAAACAGUGUGGAAAGGCAUUCAAUUAUAGUUCCCAUCUUGCUGUACACCAGAGAAUCCACACUGGGGAGAAACCUUAUGAAUGUAAAUGGUGUGGAAAGACUUUUAGACUGAGCUCCCAGCUUGCUGUACAUGAGAGAAUCCACACUGGGGAGAAACCUUAUAAAUGCAAACAGUGUGGAAAGACAUUCAGUCGGAGCUCCAGUCUUGCUGAACACCAGAGAAUCCACACUGGGGUGAAACCUUAUGAAUGCAAGCAUUGUGGAAAGACAUUCAAUUGGAGCUCCCAUCUUGCUGUGCAUGAGAGAAUCCACACUGGGGAGAAACCUUAUGAAUGUGAGCAGUGUAGAAAGACUUUCAGACUGAGUUCCCAUCUUGCUGUACAUGAGAGAAUCCACACUGGGGAGAAACCUUAUGAAUGCAAGCAAUGCAAGAAGACAUUCAGUCGGAGCUCCCAUCUUGCUGUACAUCAGAGAACCCACACUGGGGAGAAACCUUAUGAAUGCCAGCAGUGUAGAAAGACAUUCAGUCGGAGCUCCAGUCUUGCUGAACAUAAGAGAAUCCACACUGGGGAGAAACCUUAUGAAUGCCAGCAGUGUGGAAAGACUUUCAGACUGAGCUCCCAGCUUGCUGUACAUCAGAGAAUCCACGUUGGGGAGAAACAUUAUGAAUACAAACAAUGUAGGAAGGCACUCACAAAGAACUAUUGUUUUGCUGUCCAUCAGGAAAUCCACACUGGGGGGGAGCCUUAAGAAUACAAGUUAUGUGGAGAGGUAUUUGCGUGCAGUUCCAAUCUUGCUGUUUUGUGAAAGAAGCUUACUCUACUCUUUCUAGGGCAGUAUAUCUAGCAUGAACCUGACCUUUACACAGAGAUGAGGAUUGCAUGAUUGAAACCACUGAAUGAGGAAUGGCUACAGGGAAAAGGCAGAAAUAUAUUAAAGACAGCAUUAGAUGGGAGAAGAGUGAUGUCUACUGUACUGCACCCCCUGGGCUGAUCAGGCAAAAUAUAAAGCCACAGUUGACUUCUGAGAUGAUAUUUGUGAGGUUUAGUGGGCAGAGGAAAGGUUUGAUAAACUGGGGCAAGAUCAGAUUUCCAGGCUUUUCCAGAUUUGUUAAUAGCUGACCUUCCCUUUGAGCGUGGUUAGGGCACCCCAAUAAUGGCCACAGAAUAGCAAGAUAAAAGGAAAGUAUCUCUUAUUUGUUUGUAUUUUUAUCCUAAUGCUUCAAAUUAAAUUACAUUCAAAACCUG